CUGUGGUCUGCUGUCAUUGAAAGUUUAUUUUGGAUUUGAAUUUUUUAUUUUAGGUUAUAAUGGUUACAAAAUAAUAUAUCUUUAAAUAAACUUUUAAAUAAAUAUAUAUUCAACCAUGGCUUUUCGGUGCCUAAAAUUAAUAAGAAUAAUAAGGUCGACAAGUGUGAUCCGUCAUAAUUUAAUUACAACUUCUGCAGCCUUACCAGAAGAUGUAAAAAUUCGUAAACCAAAAGAGUACAAAACAGAAGACAAUUUGGUGUAUAAAGAAGAUCCAGAUAAGUUUGGCACCUUAUCCAGGGUGGUUAGCACUGAAUCAAGUGAAUUAGUUGAUGAUGGAGAUAUAAAAGAACAAGAGUUCAUACAAAAUAAACCUUUAAGCACUCAGAAGCUUACUAUUAAGCAGUAUGCCGAUAUAAUAAAACAGUGUAUCAAUCACAAAAGACUCAAAGAGGCCAUCGAUGUUUUAGAAACGCGAAUGUUAAAAGAGGAUAGAGUAAAACCAGAAAACUAUAUCUACAACAUACUAAUUGGGGCUUGUGCUGAUGUUGGGUACACAAAGAAAGCUUUUAAAUUAUUUAACGACAUGAAGAAACGAGCUCUAUUGCCUACAGGAGAUACUUACACUUGCUUAUUUCAUGCUUGUGCUAAUAGCCCAUGGCCAGAGGAUGGAUUAAAACGGGCUAAGCACCUAAAGGAGCUUAUGACUGAGAAAGGAUAUGAACCAAAUGUUACUAAUUAUAACUCAAUGAUUAAAGCAUUUGGGAGAUGUGGAGAUUUACCAACAGCAUUUAUGAUUGUUGAUGAAAUGGCAGCAAAAAGGAUUAAAAUCAGAGUUAAUACUUUAAAUCAUCUCCUCCAUGCAUGUAUAUCUGAUAAACAGAAUGGUUUGCGCCAUGCUCUUAUAGUUUGGAGAAAAAUGCUAAAAUUGAAAGAAAAGCCAAAUAUUUUUAGCUUUAAUUUAAUGCUGAAAUGUGUCAAAGAUUGUAACUUAGGCAGUAAACAGGACAUAGAAGAACUAAUUGGGGUCAUACAAGAUCAAAUUCAGCUGCAAAAUAAAAGAACUGAAGAGUUAAAAUUGCCUGGUUCAACAAAAAAGUUAAAAAGUGAACUAUUCAAGCAAAAUCUGCUUGAGCCCUCCAAACCUGUUGCUGAAGUAGAUAAAGAAAAUGAAGAGACCAAUGUUUCUAGAAGUGAUUUAAGUAUCAUAGAUAAAAAAGAUAAUGUUUCAUUAGAAUUUGUGAACAAAUUAGACAAAGUAGUCAGAAAUGAGGCUCCCUUACCAAACUUAUUGUCAAAAGUGGUGAAUAUGGAUAAAGUGACAGGAUUACAAGAAAUUCACUCAUUACAAGAUAAGUUUGCAGUUGUCGGUGGACAAGAGGACUUCCUUAAAGAAAUGCACACAUAUUCAGUUAAACCUAAUAUAAAGACCUUCACUCAAAUGCUACCAUUGUUGGAUAACACUACAGAAGCUGAAGAGAGAUUACUCCAAACAAUGAGUACUUUGGGUGUUCAGGCUGAUAUAGAUUUUUAUAAUAUGCUUAUAAAGAAGAGGUGCUUGAGGUCUGAUUAUGAUUCUGCAUUUGCUGUGCAAGAUAUAAUCGAAAAAGAGAGUGAAUUUAGAAAAAAAAGGUUCCCAUUUUCCAAGAAGUUAAAGCUAAAAUUGAAUAUAAUGUCUUAUGGAGUGCUGGCAAUGGGAUGUAAAACUAAGGAGUCUGCAGAGAAACUUCUCCAAGAUAUGGAGGAAAAACAUCUGAAGGUCAACAUAGAAAUUCUGGGAACUUUAUUGAGACAUGGAACAGCAACUAUCAACUUUGGCUAUGUCCUAUACAUUAUGAAUAUAGUGAAAAAAGAAAAUAUAAAGCUGAAUGACAUAUUCUUAAAACAUCUAGUAACAUUCAAUGAAAAAUGUGCUGAUAAUAUUAAUAAAAAGGACCGUGUUUCCGAAACCUUCAAGAAGGCUUUUGCAAUAUAUACCAAGUAUUACAACACCUGGUUAAAAGAAGUAAAUGUUGAAGCAGCUUUAAAACCUGAACACCCAUGGCAACAAUACAGAGAAAAUUACCCAGAAACAGUACAAAGAAGUCCAGUGGAAAUCAAAGAACCAAAGAGGUUCUAUAAACGCAAUAGAAAAUAUAGUCGAUAUACUCCUCGAAUAGUGAAUUAAAAACAUUUCAGAAAUAUUAGUAACUUUUAUUUAU